AUGGCCGGAGUGCCAGAGAAGGUGCUCAACUGGCUAUACAGCGUUCUGCCCAGCGUAACGAGCCCAUGCAAGCUUUAUGUCCACCUGCUGACGCACACCUCGCAGGAAUAUGCAGACGUGAAUCGCACGUACCACGACGUCGCGGAGACGCUCUCCAACUACCCAUCGCUGUCCCCACGCACCGAGGUCUACACGGUAUUGAAGGGCGUAUUCGCAAAAGAACCGCCUGUUCGCUCGAAAGUACAGCAGCCGCAUUAUAACGCCCCUGCUGCGCAGGCUCCUCCGCCUGUACCUCCUCCGCCAGCAGACUGGAGGAGAUCAGUACAGGGCGCUUCACCUUCGCCAGGGCCUUCAUCAAGCGCUCCAGCACCUCCACCGAAACCACCCAAGCCGUAUGAGCAAGGCAGGCCGACCCCUCAACCACAGUCACAGCAUGAUCGAUACUCGCAGCCACCGCCGCUACCUCCGCAUCCUUCGCAGCAAGCACCACAACACCAGAGUCAACAUAAGCAGCCACCAAGUAAUAAUUAUGCUGGCGAGCCUAGCUGGCAGCAAUCGGGACCGGUCCAUUAUGCAGCGCGACAAACGAGCUAUGAUAUGAGCCCAGCAACACCAGUGGCGAAGCCACAUCGUCCACACGUGCAAUCGCAAAACUAUCCUCCGCAAUCCUAUGAAAUAGGGAGUCCAGUGAGUCCCAUGACCCCAGAAGAUCAGCGAUCAGCGAGUAGACCAUAUCAGCAUCAAGCGCCGCAACAGCCCCAAUCUUCCAGUUACUCACGGUCGCAGCAAUACCAACAGCGUCCACUACAACAAGGACAACAGUAUGGAGCUCCACCAGUCCAACCGCCAUACCAGCAAGGUCCUCCUCAGCACUAUCCGCCCCAGCAAUAUCCGCAAUACCAACAGCCACCACCACCACCACCUCAACCUCCAGCACCCCCGCCAAAUCUAAUGGACAUAGACUCCCUAGAAGUCACUCUUCCGUCGCAGAAAGGACCCCAACAGCCUCUCCACGUACCACCUGUACCUCCCAACCCAGAAAAAGACGCCCUCCUCCACGCACUCUCCUCAAGUCUUACCGCGCAGAUUCGGCAAACCGUCUCCCAGAACAAUGCCGCUAUCACGCCUCUGCAAGCGCAACAAGCCGCCCUCCAAAACGCUUAUACGCGCCUGCAGUCCGAGCUUGACCAGCUACAGCAACUUGAUGCCACGCUCGCCUCCAACGAGCAGAUCCUACGCGAUGCCAUGCGGGAAGCGGACAGGGUGAUGGAGGAUGCGCGGAGGAGAAAGGCUCCUGAUGUCGACGACGUGCUUGUUGCGCCGACGAUGGUGGGCGGGCAGCUAUACGCGGUAGCGGCGGAGGAAAGGGGAAUAAGCGAGGCUCUGUUUGUGCUUGGGCGGGCGUUGGAUAGAGGUAGAGUGGGGGCGGAUGUUUUUGUCAAGGUAUGUGAAUCCCUUUCGAUUCUACGGUGUGAGAAGAAGCUAACGACCAUGGCACAGCAAACCCGAGCUCUGGCGCGGGAGCAAUUUCUAAAAAAGGCGCUGGGGAAGAAGAUCGCAAGGGGAAUAGGGCUCGAUGAGUAUGGGAUGCGGUAG